GGACGGGAUUAUUAUUAUAAUUAUUUUUUCUAUAAAUGCUCCUAUAACACCUUACGUUGGGAAGCAACAAUACAGAGUUUUGAAUUAUAUUACAUCUCUGUUUUCCAUAAUUUUCUGUGGAUCUCUCUUAGCUCUCAAGAUGAUGUGCCGUCGUGAGGGAAGAGGCAGUGCAGUGAUGGUGUGCGCGGCGAUUGUGCUGUGCUUGCUUCUGCUUCACUCCGAGGUGGCUCAGGCCGCCGUUUACACUGUCGGUGGUUCCGGCGGCUGGACCUUUAACGUCAGCGGCUGGCCCAAAGGAAAACGCUUCAGAGCCGGCGACGUGCUCGCGUUCAACUACGGGCCCAGCUACCACAACGUGGUGGCCGUGGACAAGGCAGGCUACAACAACUGCCGUCCGCCGCGCGGCGCCAAGACAUAUCAGACCGGGAAAGACAGGAUCAAGCUGGUGAAGGGGCAGAAUUUCUUCAUCUGCAGUUUCCCAGGCCACUGCGAGUCCGGGAUGAAGAUCGCUGUCUCGGCUGUUUGACGAAAUCCAUGAUUUUCGGGGCCACAUAUGUAUGGUUUACGCAAUCAAGAGGAUAGUUAAUUAAAACGCAUAAAUAAAUGUUGUUGCUAACUUAAUGAACUGUGCGUGGCGUGUCGUCUAAGCUUAUGUAUAAUUAAGUAGUGCAAGUCCAUUGGUUUAGGUAUUACUGUGUGGUUUCUACUUUCUACUAGGUUCGUGCUUAUAAAAUACGGACUGCUUUAUUUCCCUUA